GGAGAAAAGGUGGGAGUCGUGGGCCGGACGGGCGCCGGCAAGUCGUCAAUCAUUGCAGCCCUGUUUCAACUCACAGAACCUUUAGGACAGAUAUUGAUAGACGGAGUGGACAUCAAAACUAUAGGUUUACAUGACUUGAGAAGUUGUAUAUCAAUAAUACCUCAGGAACCGGUGCUCUUCACGGGUUCGGUGCGCAAGAAUUUGGAUCCUUUUGGUGAACACUCAGACGACGAGCUCUGGUCGGCUCUGUCUGAGGUACAGCUCCGGGAUGUCGUGCAGUCAAUGCCAGAACAGUUGGACGCAGUGGUGACCAAAAGGGGCAGUAAUCUGAGUGUAGGUCAGCGCCAAUUGGUAUGUCUGGCGGGACAGCACUUUUAUUCCCGUCACCCGUCACCCGUACCCGUCGCGACGGGUGACCCGUCACCCGUCGACGGGUUACCCGUCACCCGUACCCUGCUGUCCUGUCUGGCGAGAGCUAUCCUACGAGACAAUCGGAUACUAGUGUUAGACGAGGCGACCGCUAAUGUCGACCACAGAACCGAUGCUCUCAUUCAGACCACUAUUAGACAGAGGUUUAGAUACUGUACUGUCAUUACGAUUGCCCACAGACUCAACACUAUCAUCGACUCCGACAAAGUGAUGGUAAGCCAGGUUUUGAUGUCCACUCCGUCUAUCAAUAUCUGUCCUAAAGGUUCUGUGAGU